CGCAUGGCGGCUGCUGCCGGUUACUAUUGGUGUUUAUGGGAGGCGGGACUUAAACACUGUACGCAGAGUUUGAAUUCAAACUGACCGCGGCUUGUAAGGAAGCGAAGCAGGAGUGUAUACGAGUGGCGUGAUAUAGGACAGAAAUGGACAACUCCACAGACAAAAAAGCCCAGGUGGCUUCCCGUUUGCCAGUGCCUCCGAAGAGAAAACGCGUCUUGAGCGAUGAGAACCAAGAGCAGAUGCAGAGGGUAACAAAAGAAAAGGGGAAGCGCCUCAGAUCCUCACUAGAGGCAGAACUCCCAACAGUCCGUGUAGCAGCAAGCAUUGCUACCUCCAGACCCCGUGCAGCUCCUAUUGCUGCACUACCAAAGCCACAGGUGAUAGGUCGACAGUCCUUGGCAGUAAUUCGGCCAAAGAAUAGCAUUCCAGGAGUGACCUCAGCAGCAUUUUCUGGGAAGCCCAAGGUGUCCGCCUCAGCUACUCAGCCAGCAGCCAUUAGUGGUGACAAAAAGAAGCGUGCUGCUUGGGAUCUUAAGGGUCAGGUCAGCGACAUGAGGGAUAAAGUGACUAACUACAAAGGAAAAGUGCAAAACCUAUCUGGUGAAAAUGUACGUCUCCAGAACAGCAAAGAUAAGCUGCUACGGGAUGUGGAAAUGCUGACAUCGGAGAACACCAAGCUAAGCAAAGAGAGAUGUACUCUGGAAUCUCAGCUUCAAGAAGUGCGGCAACAGGUGUCUGCUUUAGAACGUGAAGUGGCUCGGCUUACAGAGCUAUGCCAGCGACAGGAACACACGCUUUCCUCACAGAGUAUCUCUAUUGAGGAACUUCAAGGGGCAAAUACGAGCCUUACUAAGCAGCUGCUGGACAAAGAUGUAAAACUUGUUUGUGUUUCUGGAGAAAAUACUAGUUUAAAACACACUGUAAAGGAGCAAACAGAUGAGAUUGCGGCCCUAACAGUGUCUGUCGCUGAGAAAGAUACUGAAGUGCACAAUCUGGAUACAGAGCGAAGACGGCUACAUAAUUUGGUGCAGGAGCUUAAGGGGAACAUUCGUGUUUUCUGCCGAGUAAGACCAACUCUAACACAGGAGAAAGAGUUACCAGCUGGACACAUUUCCUAUCCCAGCAAUGACGACAAGGCUGUUGUUUUAUCUAAGAUGGAAGAGUCUCAUGUAGGGCGAGAGAAAAAAGACGCAGUUAAAUACGACUUUAACUUUGAUUGUGUCUUUCCUCCAUCCUGUAGUCAAGAAUCUGUAUUUGAGGAAAUCUCUUUGCUGGUUCAGUCUGCACUAGAUGGUUACCCUGUAUGCAUAUUUGCUUACGGCCAGACUGGAAGUGGCAAGACAUACACGAUGGAGGGGCCUGAAGAUAUCACUGAUGAUACCAUAGGCAUGAUUCCCAGAGCAAUCGGGCAGAUAUUUAGUAGCGCAGAGGAGCUUAAAGCAAAAGGCUGGCAGUUCACAUUUACUGCAAGUUUCCUGGAAAUCUAUAAUGAAACUUUAAGGGACUUGCUUAUAAAUCGCCCAGAUAAGAAGUUGGAGUAUGAAAUACGUAAGGUUAAUUCAUCAAACUCGCAACUAUAUGUCACCAACCUACGAUAUGUGGAGGUCUCCAGUGUGGAAGAGGUGCAUGAUCUUCUCAGGAUAGCAAAGGCCAAUCGUUCUGUGGCAAAAACUGCUAUUAAUGAUCGGUCAUCUAGGAGUCAUAGUGUCUUCCAGUUAAGAAUAGAAGGAGAAAAUAAACAGAGAGAUCUUAAGACUUCAUCUGUGCUUAGUUUGAUUGAUCUGGCUGGAAGUGAGCGCCUUGAUCGAUCUCUGUCAAGUGGAGACCGACUAAAGGAAACACAGUGUAUUAAUACAUCUCUCUCUACCCUGGGGAUGGUCAUUACAUCUCUCUGUAACAAGGAUUCCCAUAUUCCGUACAGGAACAGUAAGCUUACCUACCUGCUGCAGAACAGUCUGGGCGGAAAUGCAAAAGUGUUGAUGUUUGUAAAUAUAUCACCACUUGAAGAAAACUUUGCAGAAUCUCUUAAUUCAUUAAGAUUUGCCAGCAAGGUUAACGAAUGUGUCAUAGGAACAGCAAGAGCCAACCGGAAAUGAACUGCUAAACUGUUUUAAAAUGUUUUUUUUUUUUUUUUUUGUAGAAAUUUUAUUCAGCCACUUGUAAGACAAAUACAUGAAUACAUACAAUACAUACAUAUGUAUUGUAUGCAGACCUAUAAAGGCCCCCCUUUUUUUUUAUAUAUGUAUAUACAUAUUAUGCUGUAAUUACAUACUGUCUGAAAAACUCUUGCUUCUGUAGCCUUAAGGUUAGUUAUUUGUUGUACAUUUCUAUCCUAAAUUAUGUAUAUAAUGUUUUUGGUAUCUGUGUGCUUUCUUUCCCCUUCCUAUGUAUAUAUACCAAUUUUUUUUUUUUUUUAAUUUUGUUAAUGUUUUUAGGGAAAAAAAAUGAACUGUUGUACUUAUUUUAGUAAACCUAGCUGUAUUUCUCAGUAUAAGAGCUGUAUGUGAAGAUCCCAUGAAAAUAUAUUCAAUUUGCUGUCUGUAAAAGAAAAAAAAAAUAAAGUUGUACUGGACUUUUA